AUGCCACCCGAGGAUGUGCUCUGGCACGAGCACGCUUCCGAGCUCUCGCCCGAGACCAUCGGCGCACUCCUUUCUGGGGGAGCGUGGUCCGUACCCUCCGUCACAGGCAUCCAGCGCAGCGAGUCCUCGGCGGUAUUGCCGGCUGAGCGGGAGAACGGUGCCGCGCUCGCACCGACGGCAUACAGCGGCACCGAGCGGCUUUCGAAGGCCGAGGCCAAGAGGCUGUACAACCUUGGGGUGAGGUACCUCAGAGGGAGGGGCGUCGAGCCCGACGACCGCGAGGCGGCCUCUUGCUUCUUACGUGCGGCGAGGUCGGGCCACAGCGGGGCGCAGUACGCCUUCGGCAGCAUGCUCAUGGAGGGGAGGGGCGUCGAGGCGGACCUCUACACUGCGGCCGAGUGGUUCGGGAAGGCGGGCCGCCAGGGGCACCCUGGCGCCGCGUACAACCUGGCGACCAUGAUGCUGAACGGCAUCGGUGUCCAGGAGAGACGAGACUGA